AUGCGCGCCUCUGACCGAUUAAAGGCUGCACGGAGUGAUCAGACAUUCCGUGUGGGACAGCAACAGCCCUCACGUCGUUUCGUGUCUGCAGGUGCAAGUCCUGUUGCUCAUAUGCCCAAUUUAUCGGCACUCUCGCCACUGUAUCCACUGCCAACAUCUCCCCGCUCUGCGAUAUCCUCGACGACAUUGGAUGAUGCUAUUGGCGAUCUAUUUACACGCUAUUUACCUACAUAUUUUGACUUGUUAGAGAAUUUUCAGUACCAAAAGGCACUGCAGAUUUUGGAAGAGGAAGUAGACACAAAAUGGAAAGGUUGGGAAGCUUUUAAAGUGAUGCUAAAGCUUGGAGCAUCAUGUGAGAGCACGUAUUAUUUGAUGAAAUAUUUGGAGGCUGAAUUAGUGCAAACAGAUACGAUCGAGCAAAUGUAUGGCAAGUUAGUGGUACUGAUGAAUCAUUUAGCAGAUGAAUUAAAGCCCAUUAUAGCAAGACAGGGUCGACACUGUUCGGUUGAUUCUUCAACGCCGAGUAGUGAUGCUGAGAAUACAAAUGGGAGUAUGGAUGGAAGUGGGACAGGUGGCGAAGGAGACGAGAACGGGUAUGGAAUGGAUCACAUGCUUAUGACGGACAUCGCCAUGUGCGGCGACAUGAGCUACUACAUUAAAUUGCUUGAGCAAGGAGCUGAAUUUUUCUCGCUUCGUAGUCCGAUGAUAAGAAUAUAUCGCGGCCUGGCACUUUCCACUGUGCCUCGUGAUUACCAGAGCAUGCUAAAACAAAUCGAAUCUCUACUCCUGUGUUUUGACACGUUCAACCACCCGCUACUUGACACGAUGAAGCAGUCGUCUAUUGAAGAGCUUAGCACAGUGCAUGCAGCUAUUCAAUGUGAAAUUCGGGUAGCUGAAUACGACUUUACUCGCUCAAUAGUGGCUCUGCAUCGACUCAAGGUUCAGUUACGGUCUUGGAGUGAUCACAUUGAUGCUGUUUCAGACUACCCGCUAUUUGAAGGCAAUGGCACGAAUGGCACCGGUUUUGACGGAGAGGGUGUGCUCUUAGAUAAAUCCGAUGAGAACUAUGGUAUCACGUCUGAUUUAGUGUUCUCCAACGUAAGCCAGCAGUCUUGCCCGUCCCAUGGACGCGGUCAUUUGCACAGUCCAAGCUUAUGCAACGAUCCGCAUAACGUCGUUACUGACGUUUCAGGCGGCAUUUUCCCAUCUCUUGUGGAAUCACUUCCAUCCUAUAGUAGUGGACGAUAUGCCAACAUGGGCCAUAGCUCGUGUGAUGUGGCUGACGAAAUGGCCAUGGUUGAAAAGAAUCAGUCGGGCGUAUCUCUUAAUAGUAGUUCGAGUCCAGCUUUAUCUGAGACGCAUAGUACAUUCCGGCGCUUACUAUCACAUAGCAAUCUUUUACGACGGAGUGCUGGAUUGACGUCUGCUUUGCCUAUUCGAUGUGGUCUCGUUCAAAAGCCAGGUGACCCGUAUAUUGGCUCGGGCGGCGCAAACUCUUCGAUGCUAACUAACUCACUGGAACAAGCUAUUUUGGGUGUUGGAGGAAAUAAUGCGGGUGCAGGUACUGAUCGCACAUCUCUCGGAACUAGCCACGGUGGUUCAAAUGCUGAAGGUAUCGCAGGUGGCAGUACCAACCCAGUUGCGGCUGAAAUGAUGGCGUCUUCGAUGAAGAACCAGGAACGUGACGACGGUUUUGCUCUGCCUGUGUUUCAGUGGUCAAAGCGAUUCUAUCGCUCACUUGUGGCUAAAUUCACGCUUUACUUUCAUCACUGGUUGGAACCGUUUGAAAAAAAGACAGAUUAUUUAGCACUUGAACUCUCUCGCUUCAUCAAAACUCCACUUGGAAUAUCCUAUCUACAGUUGAUGGACGUAUUGCUGUCUCGAAGCUCACAUCAUGAUGAAAGUCAACUGCGUGUUAUGCUUAUUCUUGAGACGCAAGCUCUUGAAAAUAAGGGUGUACAUUAUUACGAAAACGGAUAUCGUUGUCCGAGCUCGAGCAAUGCACUCUAUACUUCUACAGGCCACGAAAAACAGGACGAACAGGAAGAGCAGGCGAAGCAUAGGAUUACUACAUCAGUUGGUUUUGCUGAUACUCCCGGAAUCAGUAGCCGUACACCUUCCCCCGCGUCUUCUCGAGGUGGAGGGGCAUCGCCUGCAAAUGGACGUCGACGGUCGGUGGAUCAUUACGUAAACCACUCCUUGUUUAUGCGGGUCGAUCGUGAGGAAAAUGCAGAGCAGAGCGAUUUUUCUGAGCUUUGGGGCCUUCGUAGUUGGCCAGCAGUAUUUUGCUACCCCGAAGGCUCGUUACCCCCGCUUGAGCACUGGCCAAACAUUGUCAGUCUCAUCAUGGAUAAUCGCUCUUCACUUGAUUCGGUUCGCCCAGUUUUCAUGCAUUCUGAGCGACGGCAAAAGACAACGUAUCAUAUUUCUAGAGUCGACGAUGCUAUCUACUUAGUUCUGCUUGCGGAAGGAGUGAAGAAGUUUAGCGAGAAAGUUGCUCAGGACUUUAUGCAAACUGUGACAGAAAGCUUGCAGCACUCAGGAGCUUUUACACCUCGUAUUUUGGUAUCAAAUACAUCUAACUCGGCCUAA